AUGGAAGCUAAGGGGAAUGUUGAGCAUGAGGUUGACAUAGACGACUCUUUCCCUGAUGAAUGGGUGUUUGCAAUAUCCCUCAAGUAUACGCCUUGGUAUGCAGAUUUUGCACAUUACAUUGUGUGUGGGCUGAUGCCGGAUGAGUUGACCUUUUACCAACAGAAAAGAUUUCUGUUCGAUGUUAAAAAGUACUUUUGGGAUGAACCAUACUUGUUCCGAGAGUGUGCUGACCAUGUCAUUAGAAGGUGUGUUCCGGAAGAAGAAGCGGUAGAAAUUCUCAAUUCUUGCCGUACAUCUCUAGUAAGAGGUCACCAUGGUGGUGUUCGCACUGCCACUAAAGUUCUCCAGAGUGGAUACUACUGGCCGCCACUCUACAAUGAUGCACAUGAGUUUACAAAGAAAUGCUCCAAAUCCAUCGCACUUCCAAACAACGAAGGAAAAAGCGUUGUCCAAUUUCUGAAACGCUACAUCUUCGCAAGAUUUGGCACUCCGAGAGCAAUCAUUAGCGAUGGGGGAUCCCACUUUUGCAAUACGUUGUUUUCUAUGGCACUAAGUAAAUAUGGGGUGAGACACAAAGUGGAAACCCCAUAUCAUCCCCAAACAAGUGGUCAAGUCGAAGUGUCAAAUCGGGAAAUCAAAAGCAUCUUGGAAAAGACAGUAAAUGUCAAUAGAACUGUCUGGUUUAGGAAACUCGAUGAUGCACUAUGGGCAUAUCAGACUGCUUAUAAAACACCUAUCAUGAUGUCUCCAUAUCAGUUGGUUUAUGGUAAGGAAUGUAAUUUGCCCGUCGAGUUAGAACACAAGGCACUGUGGGCAUUGCAAGCUUUAAAUUUGGAUUGGUCAAAAACUUCAAGGGAGAGAGUAGAGCAGCUGAACGAACUGGAUGAAUUUAGACUCAUAUCAUAUGAAAGUUCAUUCAUCUAUAAAGAGAAGAUAAAGAAAUGGGAUGAUGCUCGGAUACUCGAGCAGGACUUCAAGGUAGGAGAUUGGGUUUUGCUAUACAACUCGCUACUUAGACUCUUCCCCGGAAAGCUCAAAUCCAGAGGGUCUGGACCGUUAAGAGUAACGCGAGUCUUCAUCAAUGGGGCCAUAGGAGUUGAAUAUCAGGAAUGA